AUCCACACAGAAUCACCAGAUACAUCUCUCUGACCAGGAGAGAGUAAGAACGUUCUACAGUGGUUCGAAUGCACAUUGGAUAGUACCGUUAUAGAUUUUCGUUUUCGGGACCAACAUGAAGGGUUUGCAAUAUUUGUUAGGGGUGAUGAUGCUGUUUUUAGUGGAUGGUGCUGAGCAGUUUCACGAAGGCCUUUCAGAAGAUCAUUUAACACAUUACUUCGGCGCAAAGACUAAACAUGAAGUACCAGACUAUGAGAUUACCAGUCCAACUGACGUGACGUCACAAUCCACUUCUUCGUCCGGACCUCAGUAUACAAUAAAAGCCUUCAAUAACAGCUACCACAUAGUUCUCCAGAGAAAUGAGCACCUGAUAGCUCCGGGCUGUCUUGUACUGGCAAGGCAGGCAAAUGGCACUAGUGACAUUUCCCCAUGUCACCAAGGGGAGCGCUAUUGUUAUUACCAUGGUCACGUGGUCAAUCAAACCAACUCAGCAGUGGCUGUCAGCACAUGUACAGGAGUGCACGGAAUGAUAAAGAUGCUAGAUCACGACCUUGUCAUUCAGCCAAUCAAACAAGAACAUGCUCAUCGUGUAAGGCGGAGUGGACACGCGGGAAUCCCUCAUCUGGUUUAUAGGAGACGGCGAACAUCCUCCAGCACCUGUGGAUCGUCAGAGACACCAUUUCAACCAGUCACUGCCAGAAGGACAAAGCGAACAGCUGGAGGUGCUCACUACAUGGAAAUACGUGUAGUCAUGGCCCCAGACGCCACCAAGUACCAUGGAACUGACGCUCGGCGAUACGCUCUCACUUCACUUAACAUUGCAGCUCAGACGUUCAUGGAUCCGACACUGGGCCACGAGAUACGAACAGCAGUCGUCCAGAUUUUACUGCUACAGGAUGAUCAGCCUGGACUCUCCAUGGUUGACAACUCUGAACAACUGUUAAACAAUUUCUGCUUCUGGCAUGAAAAGCGCCAGCCAUCCUCCGAGUCUGACGAUAGAUAUGCUGACGGUGCCCUUCUGAUUACCAAGUUGGACCUUAAGUAUCAGGGCGAUACGUCUAACCUGGGACUGGGACACAUCGGAGGCAUCUGUAAAGCUAACUACAGAUGCUCUGUUAACGAAGACAAUGGACUUGACCUUGGACUGACCAUUGCUCAUGAAACAGGUCACAUGCUGAAUAUGGGACACGACGGUGACAAUGAUGCGUGUACCCCUGGAGUCAACAUCAUGUCCGGUAAGGGAGCCAGCGGUCAUUUCAGCACCAAGUGGUCAACAUGUAGCAGGGACACCCUCACCAAAUUCCUCAGCUCUCCUGAAAGCAGCUGUCUCAGUGACCAGCCUCCAGCCUGGGCGUUCUCUCAGCUAAAUGUCGCCCAGAAACCCGGACUAGUAUACUCUGGUGAUGAACAGUGUCGACUAGCCAUGGAGGAUACCAAUAGUAAACUCUGUGAGGGGACUUCUUUGACCACAGGGAACGAGUGUAAGAUGCUUGUAUGCUACGGUCCUAUCAUCCCAAACCGCCAGCGGUCAUGUUACCGGGGAGGACCUACUAGACUGGAUGGUACAGAGUGUGGAAACCGAAAGUGGUGUAUAGGAGGUCGUUGUGUUAACAUGGGAGCCGGUGCCCCUACUCCCGUCCAUGGCGGCUGGUCAUCCUGGAGUGUAGACUGGACGCCAUGUUCCCGGACCUGUGGGGGAGGUGUCAGAGUCAAGACAAGGAAAUGUAACGAACCAGAGCCACGAUUUGGAGGUAGAGACUGUGCCGGAGAGAGCAGCCUGGCCAAAAUGUGUAAUAUGAAGAGUUGCCCUACAAACACGGACUUCCGAGCAGAGCAGUGUGCUGCAACAAACCGAUACCCGUUGGAUGGCAAAACCUACAACUGGUUACCUUACAAUGAUAACCUAUGUACGAUGAGGUGUUAUGACAGUUAUGCCAAUAUCGUUGAUUAUCGAGCUGACAGUUACAAGGACGGAACGGAGUGUAAGAUCGCGGGUACUUUCUCCCGCUGUAUCAGCGGACACUGCAAGAAAUUUGGUUGUGACGGACAUUUGAACUCAGGAAGGCUUUUUGACAAAUGUGGAGUAUGUGGGGGGCAGGGUAACACUUGUGCCACCCAUCGAGGUACCUACAACCAGGGACACGUUAAAGCAUAUGUGACUGUAGUAUCGAUACCUCGCGGCGCCACGAGAGUUGUGGUAACCAAUGGCAACAGUUACUGUCACAUGAGUGUGAAGAUCCAAGGGUCCCUCCUGUUUAGUCAAGGCACGUCCAUCUCGUUGUCAGGAAAAUACACGUCCCGUGGUGUAAUCGUAGAGUACCGGAGGUCUGGACCAGAGAAAAUCACCAUCAGCGGACCCACACCUGUAGCACUGGAGAUACAGGUAUGGAGAGAGUAUGGUGAUGGAUACGUAGGUUCGAAGCCUGAUAUCUCCUACACAUACUCGACCCCUACAAUGACACCAUACUCAGGAUACAUCUGGAAAGCAACCCAGGGCCCAUGUAGUAGGACGUGUGGUACAGGACAUUCGUUGGUCAGUGUGCAGUGUAUGAGGGUGUCCAGCAACACCCGUGUAGAGGACUUCCACUGUGAUAUCUACAAAAGGCCACAGGAGACGUUGUUAAACUGUAACACAAAAGACUGUCCUCCUCAGUGGCAGUCGGAAGAUUGGUCGUCCUGCUCUAAGACGUGUGGGGGCGGGGCCCAGUCCCGUGUUGUCCAUUGUGUUAUAAUUCAAGGUGACUCCUACAGAGUAGCCGGGGACAACCACUGUAACGUCGCUCACAAACCCUCUGCCACCCAGCAGUGUAGCACGCAGCCCUGUCCGGGUUUCUGGAAAUCCGGAGCAUGGUCAACAUGUUCCAGGACAUGUGGGCGUGGCACGGAGACCCGUGAUGUGGACUGUUACGCCUCCGAGCAGUCUAACUCAGUGGUGGCCGCGAGUCGAUGUCCGGGACAGGAGAAGCCCAUUGCGUCAAAACACUGCAUGCUUAAACCUUGCAAUACAAACAUACUUGGUGAAGAUUGCAGAAACAAGGUAGAUUGUACUCGGUAUGCCGACAACAUCUGUGAGGAUCAAGGUUACCGGUCCUGGGUCCGCAUCAACUGUAUAGAGUUCUGUGGGAUCUGCGCCAAGGAUCCAACAGUGUACCUCUGUAAGGAUAAGCUGACUAACUGCGAUACCUAUGAGGUAGGAUUCUGUCAGAAGUACAAGGCCUGGUCCGAAUCGAACUGCCAGCGCACGUGUGGGUUCUGUGGAGGAAACGUUACAGAUAUAAGAACCACUAGCGAGCCUUGCGUUGACAAAGUUUACUGCGCUGCUUAUCAGAAAGACGCUUGCACCAACGGAGCAUACAGAGGGUGGGCCCAGGAACAUUGUAGGAAAUUCUGUGGGCUCUGUGGGACAGUUACCUCCCCUUCUACCACCCAGCCAACCACCACGGAGGCGCUCGGACAGGUGGCCACAACCUGUGUCAAUCUCGUAGACUGUGGCAGUUAUGGCGCCGAUAUCUGUACUAACUCUAGAUAUAGGAAAUGGGCGAACCAUAACUGUCAAAAACACUGUGGUUGGUGCUCGACUGUCGGGGUUACCUCCCCUCCUACCACCCAGCCCACCACCACGGAGGCGCUCGGACAGGCGGCCACAACUUGUGUCAAUCUCGUAGACUGUGGCAGUUAUGGCGCCGAUAUCUGUACUAACUCUAGAUAUAGGAAAUGGGCGAACCAUAACUGUCAAAAACACUGUGGUUGGUGCUCGACUGUCGGGGUUACCUCCCCUCCUACCACCCAGCCCACCACCACGGAGGCGCUCGGACAGACGGCCACAAAUUGUGUCAAUCUCGUAGACUGUGCCAGUUAUGGCGCCGAUAUUUGUACUAACUCUAGAUAUAGGAAAUGGGCGAACCAUAACUGUCAAAAACACUGUGGUUGGUGCUCGACUGCCGGGGUGAGCAUGACCUCAACAAAUCCUGUGGCCUCUGUGAGCUCCAGCUGUAGAGACCUACUGGACUGUACUUCAUACCUGUCAGACAUAUGUACCAGUUCCAGGUACUCCCACUGGGCACACAUAAACUGCCCCGAUCAUUGCGGCUGGUGCUACCACACACACACUUCGCCUAAAACGACACCGGUUACCACAACAGCGGUGACCACCACCGACAAGCCAGUGCAGGGCUCUAUGGCAUGUGUUGACACAGUGGAUUGCGCAGCGUAUCAGAGUAACAUAUGCACAGCGCCUGCCUAUCAAGGAUGGGCACACAUCAACUGUCGCAACCACUGCGGAUGGUGCGGUACUAGUGCGGGUGCAAACGCCCAUGCUGUUACAACCACUGCUAAGCCGAAUGCUGCUUCUGGAAAUUCUGCUUCCUGUUCAAAUAAAGUAGAUUGUAGCUCCUACCAGGGAGACAUAUGUACGAACUCAGCGUACAAGUCCUGGGCAAAGACCAACUGUCCCAAAUUCUGUAAUGUCUGUGGAAGUGGCGGAAGUCAAACUAGCUCUUCCUCUUCUUCUUCGUCGUCUGGGUGUGUUGACAAGCUGGCAGAUUGUUCCUCCUACCAGGCGGACAUCUGUUCCAAUCCCAGUUACACUACGUGGGCCAAGGAGAACUGUGCCAAACAUUGCGAUCUCUGUGAAGACUGUACAGACAAAGUUAGCUGUAACGAGUACCAGGGAGACAUCUGUAACAACCAGGACUACAAGAACUGGGCCUCCACUAACUGCGCUGCCUUCUGUAAUAUGUGCGGAUCCAGACGUAGACGGUCUGUGUCCAGUCUGCUUGAAACUCUGGAUAAUUUGGAGCCAAGUCUGAAAGUAGCCCAGAUGGAGCCCAGAUACCCAGUUCCCAGACUCUCCCCAGCACAGGAGCCUAAAUUCGUGGAGCACCCUGAACCCAGGCAGUUGGCGUCAGCACAAGUACCAAACUAUGUGAUCAAAGACUCUGAAGUAAUUUCGGAAAUAUAUCCCGACGACCUUGUUCCAACACCAGUGAAGGAGGUAGCAGAUCUUGUUCCAACACCAGUGAAGGAGGUAGCAGAUCUUUUUCCGACACAAGUGAAGCAAGUAGAUCUUCCACCUAAAUCUGAGAAUGACAUAAAUGAAGGUCUGUGGUUGAAUGAACAGCUGCCUAAUAUAAUGAUUCCCGAUCCAGCAGUGUCUGCGAUAAACUCAAGGAUAUCGUCGGAGACAAAUGUACAGGAUCCAAGUAAAGAGUCCAAUAAAUCGGAUCUACCAAACGUCGAGGAAGGCCAGGCGCCUCUCGUGGUGCCAGCCCCCAAAAUCAACCUUGACCUACAGCCCCCACAGCAGAAUAUCGAGGUCAGUGUGCUUAAAUCGACAGAUGCCGGAAUCAAUCAAGAGAUCGGGUCAAAGGGCGAAGGUCAACAAGGCGUAAAGGAUGCCGUUCAGGAGACUGAAGCUGAAAGCAGAGAUGGCAAACUGUUGGUGGAUGAACUAGACGCACUCAAGGGUGCAAUGUAAUGUGUGAUCGUAGACUUAGAAGAAAUGACAAAGUUUUAUUUCAAACUGAUUCCUGACAGUUGAUUAGAGAUCGUUUAUCUGGGUGAGGUGUGAAGUCACUAUAGCAGUGACAAUCCCGCCAACAUCAGAAUGUCUCAUUUUCGAGUAUUUGUCUAGCUUAUAUACAGUGGUGAAAUCUAUAACAUGUAUAUUAGUGAGUAUCGACUUUUAAUCAACAACUUAGCUGAAGUGGUUGUUUUUAAAUCAACAAUCUAGAGGAAGUUGUAUAUACUGCAAACAAUUUCUCACCUAAUUAAUUUUGCAAAUUUAAAUAAUUUUUGUAGACGCUUUUUUAUCAAUUAUAAUUGAGGAUAGUCAUCUUUCUUUCAAAUGCACUGCAGUAUAGGUCAUUUACAUAUGUCUUUAACUUUUAAUUUAAAAGUUGAUUCAAUGCUUUCAGAGAAGAAUGAAGUUUUAUAUAAUAAGUAACGUUUAAAACUGUUGUAUUGAUAGUCUGAACUUCAGACUUCCAUAAUUUGUGUGAAUCUCUAAUAAAAUCUUGUACUUCAUAAACACA